CAAUGUCAAAAUAUUAUUACGUCACGUCAAGUUUGCAAUAUCCAAAAGCGAGGAGCACACGAUAUUUAUUAUUUACUUUUAAAUAUUUUAGUGAAAGUUCAAUUACAUUGAAACAGAGAGCAUCGCAAACUUAUGCUACUUCAUUUACGCGGGUUACAGUUGUAUUGUAAGCAGUCUAACCCGAGUUAUUGAAGAAUAUGGGCAGCAUUUAGAAACAUAACCUAAUUGUUACUGAAAACUUUAAUAUUAUCAAUAAAAAUGGAGGUUGGAGCUGUAAAACAGGCGUUCAAUAAUGAGGUUAUACUUCUAAAGAAGAAUUUAAGUCAAGCCAAGAUACAGAUAAUACAUAAACUGACCAGAAAGGCUAAACAAUUGACUGAGAAGAAAGCUCCUGAAAAGUUGCAGGAAAAGUUAAAGAGGAAAGCUGAGUCUGCUGUGAAAGAAGUUUUGAUUAUAAAGAAAAUCAAACCAAAGGACCUAGCAAAGUUCAUAGUUACACACAAAGGAGAAUUAAACUCCUUUUUAAAUAAGCCACAAGUGGAUGAAGACAAGGCAUGUGCCCGAUUAUUACUUCACAAAGCUCUCCAAGAAAAAUAUAAGUUCAUCCGAGGCAGAUUUUCUAAUGUCCCCAUAAAAGAUCUAUUCAUGUCCCGAUUAGAACGAAGAAAGAUGAAAAAGGAGGCCAAAGAAAAACAAAAGAAUAAGAAGAAAGAUAAGAAUAGUAAAGUGGUUAAUUCUGAAGGAGAUUGGAAUGUUGAAGAUCUAGGUGAUAAAAGCAAAUUGGAUGAUGAUGAAGUUAAUGGAAUGUCUGGGGAUGAUGAAGGUAACGAAAUGUCUGGUGAAGAUGACAUGUCAAGCAAUGACAAUGAUAGUAAUGAGGAAUCUGGUGAUGAGAGUGACCAGUCUGAUGGUGAUGGAGUGGAAGAUGAAGAUGAAACUAAAAAUUUAGAAGAAGAUAAUGACUCAGUUGAAGAGCCUAGUGACAGUGAAUUAAAAGAAGACAGUAAUCAAGUUUUGAAACAGACUGCUAAAUCAAAACCAGCUGUUGUAGCUAAUAAAACGAAAGCUAAGAAAACUGAAGUAGUUAGUCCAAAAACAGUUGAACCGAAAGAAAUUAAGAAUCCAAAGCCUCAAAAAGAAAUAAUCAAGAAGAAUCCAAUAAAGAAACAAAAAGAACUUAAUAAAACUAAGAACUUCAACGAAAAGAUACUACAAAAGAAAUUAAAGAAAGAUUCAGAUGCUCCUGUAGUUGAAAAAAUCGUGGAUCCCUUCUUUAUAACAUCAACAGGAGAGAAUUACAUGUCUGUAGUAGAACCAAGAGCUCCCGAUGAGAUAAAAGAUGAACAUAUGCAAGGCAACAGAAAAUUAAGAAGAGCAGUAAUGUUCGGCCAUGUCCCUAAAAGUAGAUUAAGACAAAACAAUAAUUAUCAUAAUGAAGAUAUCAGGUUUAAUAAACAAAAUGGCUAUGAUGAAGGAAAUAAUUAUAAAGGCAAAUUCAAUGAUAGACCCCAAUUUAAUGAUAGAAGGAACUUUAAUGAUAAGAAGUCAUUUAAUAAUAAUUUUAAUGAUAGAAGGAACUUUAAUGACAAAAAGUCAUUUAAUAAUGAUUUUAAUGAUAAAAGAGGUUUUAAUAGAAAUGAUAGGGUUAAUGAAGAACCAGAGAAAUUGCAUCCAUCUUGGGAAGCUAAGAGGAAGAAAUCAGGUAUUUUACCGUUUGAAGGUAAAAAGAUUGUUUUUGAUGAGAGUUGAGGAAUAUAAAUAAAUUGUAUAUAUUUUUCUACAUAA